AUGGAGGCGGAUUUCGCCGCCUUCGGGAGCCCGCUGUGCGGCGAGGUCAAGCGCUUCUGCCGGCGGGUGCGGGAGACGUACCGGGAGAUCCAGGAGGACCUGACGCCCUACAAGGAUGAUCGCUACUACCGGCUGGCCCCGAUGCGAUUGUAUACACUGUCCAAAAGGCAUUUUGUUCUGGUCUUUGUAGUAUUCUUUAUUUGUUUUGGUCUGACAGUCUUCAUAGGAAUAGCAGGUCCUAAUGUAAUUGAAACUUCUGUAGCAAGAACUGACUUAAAUAACAGCCUAAAGCUGAAGCCAUUUAAUUUAAGUUCGCCACCACUGUCAACUUACAACCAGCAGCUGUGGCUGACCUGUGUGGUUGAGUUGGAUCAGCACGAUGUAUCCCUCAAGAAGAAUGUGACUAUGACAGUCAGAGUGCUGGGAGUGGUGAAGGAUGGAAGCACACCAUACGUUAACAACCAAGUUCACAAUCGGACAAGGUUACUCAGUUGUGCACAGAAAUGCAGUGAAAUCAUUGUUGCUCACCUGGGCUACCUGAACUACACUCAGUACAACAUAUUUGUUAGCUUUGAAGAUCUGAACAAGCUAACAACAUCCACCAUCCAGAAUAUUACUUUCACAUGGAAGACCUACAAUCCAACCUUUUCACAAGUGGAGAUAUGGUUCCGAUUUGUCUUUGUAGUUCUUACUUUUAUGGUCACGUGUCUGUUUGCACAUUCCCUGCGGAAAUUCUCCAUGAGAGACUGGGGUAUUGAACAGAAAUGGAUGUCCAUCCUACUUCCUCUCUUGCUACUUUACAAUGAUCCAUUUUUCCCCCUUUCUUUUCUGGUGAACAGCUGGUUUCCUGGAAUGCUCGAUGAUCUAUUCCAGUCACUGUUUCUGUGUGCAUUGUUGUUGUUCUGGCUUUGUGUUUACCAUGGUAUAAGAGUACAGGGGGAAAGGAAGUGCUUAACUUUCUAUCUGCCCAAAUUCUUUAUUGUUGGACUGUUGUGGCUGGCCUCUGUUACACUGGGAAUAUGGCAAACGGUGAAUGAAGUACAUGACCCUACAUAUCAAUACAGGGUUGACACAGGUAAUUUCCAGGGAAUGAAAAUCUUCUUCCUUGUGGUGGCAACCACAUACAUUCUCUACCUUUUGUUCCUGAUAGUGAGGGCAUGCUCAGAACUUCGAAACAUGCCUUAUGUUGAUCUCAGGUUAAAAUUCUUGACUGCAUUAACCUUUGUAGUGCUUGUCAUUAGCAUUGUUAUACUCUACCUACGCUUUGGAGCACAAGUUCUACAGGACAACUUUGUUGCUGAGCUGUCAACUCAUUAUCAGAACUCAGCAGAAUUCUUAUCAUUUUAUGGGUUAUUGAACUUUUAUCUCUACACAUUAGCCUUUGUGUAUUCCCCCUCGAAGAAUGCACUGUAUGAAUCACAGUUGAAAGACAAUCCUGCUUUUUCUAUGCUGAAUGAUUCAGAUGACGAUGUGAUUUAUGGGAGUGACUAUGAAGAGAUGCCUCUUCAGAACGGCCAAGCUAUUAGAGCCAAGUAUAAAGAAGAGUCUGACAGUGAUUGAUUGACUGGUUUCAAUGCAGACAGACUUGUGCAUCUGGAGUACAGCCACUUCUGAAGUUUUCCUAGGUGGGCAACUUCUUUGGGUUCCUACAGUCUGCUGUCAUCUGAACCCCAGUUCCCAGGGACAUCCUGCUUCUGUUUCUGUUUACAAGGAUAAAACUGAGAAAACAAAUGAUGGAAAUGGUUGUGGUGAAAACUGAAGAAACCAAAAUUUGUACAUUCUUAUAAAAUGCCUAAUAGCAAGAUGUCUGUGAACUAAAAUCUUCAUCUAUUUCCGUUUUAAAGUCUCGCAGAUUGUAUACUGAGUUUCAAAUUGCUUCCUUGCUGCUCAGUUUUGGGUUUUGUUUUGGUUUUUUUGGGUGUUUUGUUUUGUUUGGGGGUUUGUUUUUGGGUUUUUUUUGUUUGUUUUUUUGGGUUUUUGUUGUUGUUGUUGUUGUUUUUUCUCUUUAGGAUGAUGUACAGCAUACUGCCAUUAAUCUGUUGCAUUUUGCAUUAGCUGUUUUGUUAUACUGUCCACCAUGGUAUGAAGUGCCUCAUUUCCCUUUCAAUUUUCUACCUUAGCCUUUUGAGCUGGAGGCAGUGAAUCAGGUCUUUUGUUUUGGUUUUUUUUUAAUCAGUGCAAGAAGACACAAGCUUUCUAUUCUUCCUUCAAAUAAGUGAUAUAGACGUAAGGCCAUUUUUAAAAUACAUUUCAGUAAGUUUACCAGAUUUAUAAGUGCAAGAUAUGGGCAAAUAGGCAAGUUGUAGUGAGCUGAGCCAAAAUAAUCUCAGUGGUGCAAAAUUAUUUGUAUAAUUAUGUGUUUCAUGACAUGCUUUACUGCCACAGCAGAAGUGUCUGUGUUGGUUUUUUAAAACAGCUCUUUCAAAUGGAAUUAUUUCAGCCACAACGAAUCUCAGAAGGAAGCCAGUACUGCGUUUUUACUGGUCUUCCUGUAUGCUGAAGGAGAUGGUUACUUGCAGAGAAUAAGAGUAUGAAAGUAUUCUAAGGAAUUACAGUUUCAAACUUCCAAACAUUUCAUUUUUAGAGAUUUUUUUCCGACAUCAAUUUUCCUGAAAGUUGUAUUUCUAGAUAGUUACUCUACAUGCUAGGAACAGUUGUGGUUGCUCAUGUAUUGAACGUGCCUGAGAGUCAGCUUGUGAGCAUGUUCUGUGCACAGUUCAGCUUCUUUGUCACACCAAUCGCCACCUGUAUGAUGGGAACUUUUACUAGCACAUGUUGUGAUUAUCUGUAUUCCAGUCUGUGCUGGAACAAAGUUAUAUGGGAAUGAAGUAUUCCUUGUAUAAUGCUGCUGCUUCUCUGUUUAAAAGUUGGUUUUCUCCUACACCAUUGUUCAGUUCUUUAUUUAAGAUGUUUGUUUGUAACUACUUUUGUUUUCAGAUACUUGACGUUUCUAAAAGUAUCUGCUUUUUUCAUGUACUUACAACAGAGAUUUACUCUUGAAUAAUUUCUCUGCCCUGCUGCUUUAGAAGAUUCCCAAAAGCACUGUUAAUCUACUACAUGAUGGUGCUGGGUUGCACUAGGGAAUUGUGCUCAUCAUUAAAGCAGUUUAAGCAGAAUAGUGCAAUGAAGUCCUGCUAGACUUGCUGAGUCACACUGGGGAAAAAGGAGAUUUGUUCUGCUUUAAUGCAACAACUGCUCUAGACCGUGCCCAUUGCAGUGACCUUCUGGUGGCUGUUCAGGAUCAUGAAGGGGAGGCUGCACAAGGCAGCAACUCACUCAGAGAGGACCAAAGGAACUCCAGGUUCAUGUGGUUGUGCCCUUGUUGUCAUAGAAUAGUUCAGAUUAAAACAGUGCUCUGCUAAAAUGUGUCAUGAGAUUUUGUGUGCGUCUGGGAGAGAGAAGGAAAACUUUCUAAAAUUAUAUGGAGAUGUGAAAUUUUUGGAGAGUACCUGAAAUUAAAACCUUUUUUUGCCAGGGAUCAUUUCUUUGUUAGAAGCCAAAGCACUCUUGUGUGGCUAAAGCAAGGAUAUUGCUGGGGAGGAAGGGCAGGUUUUUCCCUUUACCUUCUUAGUUGGUAUUACUUUAGAAGAACAUAUAGGAAAACACUAAAGAAGUAAUUCAAGUAAGUGGUGGUUUUCUUUACAGAAAGUAAAAUGUACCUUCAGCACUUCUUUUUAGACUAUUUUGAAAGGGUAUGGGAGAUGCUCUGUAUCCUAAAACUGUAGAGUCCAUUCUCAUUUUUACUGUUUCUGAGAUAACUCUCCCUAUUUGAAUGUAGAGAAUUAGACUUGGCAUUGUUUACAUAAGCCAAAUCCUUUCAAGUUCCGUUGGAGUAACAGUGGGUACAGGAAGCAGGUUUUCAAAACCUGAUAUUUACAUGGUUAUUAUAUACUCAGAUAUUUUUCCUCUGAUAUUGUUUAAUUCUCUCCGAAAUUCUUACAAAAGAUAAAAUUUGACCAAUGUGCAAAGUACACCACUGUUUCUUAUCAAAGUCUGAACUGGUUGUUACAGUUAACUCAAAUAGUGUCAUGCCUUGAGAUUUCAUUAACUAAAACCAUAUUUUAAUCUAACUUGGAGAUUAUUUUUUCUAAGCUGUUUUCAACCAAAUUCUCUUGUAGUUUUGUUUCACUUCACUACAUCACUACAUUCAAAGUGGAAAUAGAAAAGCUUAGAAUGGGAAAUGUGUACUUGAAGUAUCUCACUAUGAAAAUAGUGAGAAAAUAAUUUCUGUGGUCAUUUUUAGAGAUUAUAUUUAAGCAAUGUUUGCCAUGCAAAAUAGCUUUCUAUUUUGGAAGUGCUACAGUGUUAUGGUAGCUUGGUUGAAUCACUGUUGCAUCAAAUUCAAUAUACAGUAAGAUGCCAAAAGCAGUGAAGCAGAUGAGAAACUGGUUUUGCUAGCAAGACUCCUCUUAUUUCCAUGAUUGGAGAGCAGACAGUAUUUGAAGAAUAUUCCAAUAUGGGUUGUAAACAGCUUGGGAGUAGGUGGCAUAAAUUCACCUCUGAGUAAAGUAUUGAAAUCUAAGGGUCAAACAGAAGAAAUCUUUUUAAGAAGCUAGCCUUGCUUUCCUUUUAUUACUGCUGAAGUAGUUAUUUGCAUCACUACUGCAGCUGUACAAAACAAGAAAUGUACACAGGAAGGCCCCACUGCACACAGUGAUCCUGGCUCUAAGGGAGACAUCAUCCAUUAAUUACUGCAAGACUUCCACGUACACAGUGAUUACAAGGGACUUCUAAGAAAUCAAUAAUUGAGUGCAAGCCAGUCAUACCAACUACUUUCUGUAGUAUUUGCUGUACAAAUACAGUCGGUGUUGAAAUUGGUGGAAACUUUCCUAGGACUGGCCAAGAGGCAGCCUAAGGCUUAACACCAGUGAGAAACAGCUUGUGCAUUGGAUUUGUGGUACCAGUACUGGGGAGAACAGUUCCAGCUAGGAAAGACUUCGAUCUGUAGUCUUUCUCUGAGCCAAAUGACAACAUUUCAUCCAUAGUCACUUGAUUUCCCCACCCAUUUCCUUUUGCUUAUGCCAGUAAUAACUUUUGCAUUACUGUAAAACAUUUUUUAGGAGUUUGUAAAUAUGUAAAAUGAAAAUACGGAAAAAUUGUAUACCAAAAUGGUAUAAAAAUGUGUAAGAUAAAUGCUCUGUUUAAUGAGAAGCUGUAAUUAAAUGCUGCUUUGAGAAAGUGUGCAUGAGGACCUGUUAAAUAUUCUGUGUAUCUGUAAGUUGUGCUAAUAACAGCAAAUUAUGCCUUUAUGUUGUAAAACUUCAUGCUAAUGUGGAAUAUGAAGGAAAACUGAAUAUUUUACUUCAAGGAAGUUUCUUGGAAGACUUUAUGUGCAUAAUCAUUGUUAAAUAUGUUCAUAAUAAAGUUUUAUAUCUUUA